AAGAUUUAAUGCUUAUAUAGACAAAAAAUUAUUUAUGGACUAUAAAAUACUUGGCGGAGAGAGAAAGUCUAGAGAGAGAAAAAAGAUAAAAAAAACUCUGCUUCGUUUCCAGAAAGAGAAAGUGUGUGUGAGAGAGAGGGUCUGAUCUCGCCACUGCUUUCUACAGGAGGCAGAUCUAGGGCUACAGGUGGUGGUAUUUCUGCAUUUUGUAUACAAAACGGGGCGUUUAAGAUGUCUUCUCUCAGUCGAGAGCUCGUUUUCCUGAUCUUGCAGUUCCUGGAUGAGGAGAAGUUCAAAGAGACUGUUCAUAAGCUUGAGCAGGAAUCUGGAUUUUUCUUUAACAUGAAGUAUUUUGAGGAUGAGGUGCAUAAUGGCAAUUGGGAUGAGGUGGAGAAAUACCUCUCUGGUUUCACUAAAGUAGACGACAAUCGAUAUUCUAUGAAAAUAUUUUUCGAGAUACGGAAGCAAAAGUAUCUUGAAGCAUUGGAUAAGCAUGAUCGGUCCAAGGCGGUUGAAAUAUUGGUGAAGGAUUUGAAAGUAUUUUCGACAUUUAACGAGGAGCUUUUCAAGGAAAUCACUCAACUACUGACAUUGGAGAAUUUUAGGGAGAAUGAGCAACUUUCCAAAUAUGGAGAUACCAAGUCGGCAAGGGCAAUCAUGUUGGUUGAGCUGAAGAAGCUUAUUGAAGCAAACCCUUUGUUUCGUGACAAAUUGCAGUUUCCUAACCUUAAGAAUUCAAGGUUACGAACUCUCAUUAACCAAAGCUUGAAUUGGCAGCAUCAACUUUGUAAAACCCCAAGGUCAAACCCUGAUAUAAAGACUCUUUUUUUCGAUCAUUCAUGUGGACAACCAAAUGGUGCUCGGGCUCCAUCACCUGCAAACAAUCCACUGCUUGGAUCCUUACCAAAAGCUGGAGGGUUUCCUCCUCUGGGUGCUCACGGGCCAUUUCAACCUACACCAGCACCAGUCCCAGCACCUCUUGCAGGUUGGAUGUCCAAUCCUCCCACAGUAACUCAUCCAGCAGUUUCUGGAGGAGGAGCCAUUGGUCUUGGUGCUCCAUCUAUCUCAGCUGCUCUGAAGCAUCCACGGACUCCUCCAUCUAACCCUUCGGUAGACUAUCCUUCAGGAGAUCCUGACCAUGUUGCUAAAAGAACAAGGCCAAUGGGGAUUUCUGAUGAGGUAAAUUUGCCCGUUAAUGUAUUGCCAAUGUCAUUUCCAGGGCAUGGUCAUGGUCAUGGUCAGACUUUUAAUGCACCGGAUGACUUGCCAAAGGCUGUUGUACGGACUCUGAAUCAGGGAUCAUCUCCUAUGAGCAUGGAUUUCCAUCCUGUUCAACAGACUAUUCUUCUAGUUGGUACCAAUGUGGGGGAAAUUGGGCUGUGGGAAGUUGGUUCUAGGGAGCGACUGGUUUUAAGAAACUUCAAAGUUUGGGAUCUGAAUGCAUGCUCGAUGCCUCUUCAGGCAGCUUUAGUCAAAGAUCCUGGCGUCUCUGUUAACCGUGUAAUUUGGAGUCCAGAUGGUAACUUGUUUGGAGUUGCGUACUCAAGGCAUAUUGUACAAAUAUAUUCUUAUCAUGGGAAUGAUGAUGUACGGCAGCACCUAGAGAUUGAUGCUCAUGUUGGUGGAGUAAAUGAUCUUGCAUUCUCCACUCCGAAUAAGCAACUUUGUGUUAUAACCUGUGGUGAUGACAAAAUCAUCAAGGUGUGGGAUGCUGCCACUGGUGCAAAACAAUAUACAUUUGAAGGUCACGAGGCUCCUGUUUAUUCCAUCUGCCCACAUUAUAAGGAAAAUAUUCAGUUUAUCUUUUCAACAGCACUGGAUGGAAAGAUAAAAGCAUGGUUAUAUGACAAUCUAGGAUCUCGGGUUGAUUAUGAGGCUCCUGGUCGAUGGUGCACAACCAUGGCUUACAGUGCUGAUGGUACAAGGCUUUUUUCUUGCGGUACAAGUAAAGAUGGGGAAUCCUACAUUGUUGAAUGGAAUGAAAGUGAAGGUGCUGUGAAGAGAACCUAUGUUGGAUUUAGAAAACAUUCUUUGGGUGUCGUGCAAUUUGAUACAACAAAGAAUCGUUUUUUGGCUGCUGGUGAUGAUUUUUCCAUCAAGUUCUGGGAUAUGGACAGUGUUCAACUUUUGACAACAAUUGAUGCUGAUGGAGGCCUCCCAGCGAGCCCACGUAUCCGCUUCAACAAGGAGGGCACCCUGUUGGCUGUUUCUGCCAAUGAUAAUGGGAUUAAAAUAUUGGCAAAUUCAGAUGGCAUCAGGUUGCUGCGUACAUUUGAAAAUCUUUCUUAUGAUGCCUCUCGAGCAUCUGAAUCAGUUGCAAAGCCUACUGUUAAUCCAAUCUCAGCUGCAGCAGCAGCAGCUGCAACUAGCAGUGGACUUGCAGACAGGGGUGCCUCUGUGGUCGCCGUUGCUGGAAUGAACGGAGAUGCGCGGAAUUUGGGAGAUGUGAAACCUAGAAUAGCUGAAGAAUUGAAUGAUAAAUCAAAGAUAUGGAAGCUCACUGAAAUCAAUGAACCAUCUCAAUGCCGGUCCUUGAGGCUUCCUGAAAACUUGAGAGUAACCAAGAUAUCAAGGUUAAUUUAUACAAAUUCUGGCAAUGCCAUUUUGGCAUUAGCUUCAAAUGCAAUACACUUGUUAUGGAAAUGGCAACGCAGUGAUCGUAAUGCAAGUGGCAAGGCAACCGCUGGUGUGCCACCUCAAUUAUGGCAACCAUCAAGUGGGAUUCUAAUGACCAACGACAUCACUGACUCUAACCCUGAAGAGGCUGUGGCAUGUUUUGCUUUGUCCAAAAAUGAUUCUUAUGUUAUGUCAGCAUCUGGAGGAAAGAUUUCCCUUUUCAAUAUGAUGACAUUUAAGACAAUGACAACUUUCAUGCCACCACCUCCUGCAGCAACAUUUCUUGCUUUUCAUCCUCAAGAUAACAACAUAAUUGCUAUUGGCAUGGAUGAUUCCACAAUUCAAAUAUAUAAUGUCCGUGUAGACGAGGUCAAGAGCAAGCUGAAAGGCCACUCUAAAAGAAUAACUGGCCUUGCCUUCUCCCAUGUGCUGAGCGUGCUAGUGUCAUCGGGAGCAGAUGCUCAGCUUUGUGUUUGGAACUCGGACGGAUGGGAAAAGCAGAAAACAAGAUUCUUGCAGGUUCCGACUGGAAGGACAACAACAGCACAAUCGGACACCCGUGUACAAUUUCAUCAGGAUCAGAUACACUUCCUGGUUGUGCACGAGACUCAGCUUGCCAUAUUUGAAACCACAAAGCUAGAAUGCGUAAAGCAGUGGCUUCCACGUGAAUCUUCUGCACCAAUCUCACAUGCUGUGUUCUCAUGUGAUAGUCAGCUGGUAUAUGCCAGCUUCUUAGAUGCAACUGUUUGUGUAUUUAGUGCUGCAAAUCUCAGAUUACGCUGUCGUAUCAAUCCUUCUUCAUAUCCCCCACCUAAUGUCAGCCACAUCACUUUGACUCCCAUUGUUUCAUAUACGGCAGCUCAAAUGUCCACCCACUUGUGAUUGCUGCACACCCGCAAGAACCAAAUCAGUUUGCAUUGGGAUUAUCAGAUGGUGGGGUUCAUGUCUUUGAGCCACUUGAAUCUGAAGGAAAAUGGGGUGUGCCUCCACCUGCUGAGAAUGGGUCAGCAAGCAGUGUGGCAGCUAUUCCUUCAGUUGGACCAUCAGGUUCUGAUCAAGCCCAGAGAUGAUUUAUGAUUGCCAGAGCACAAGUUCUUUUACAUGCUUGGCUUGCUGGCCCAUUCCUAAGUGAGUUUGAGGUUCAAUGAUAUGUUGUAACCUGCUCAAGGAACUACUUGCAAAAGAUGUAGAUUUAGCAUGUUCUGUCUGAUACUUCGUGAGGUAAAUGCUGUAGUAGUAUUAGUAAUAGUAUUAAUAGUGAUGCCUUUUGACCUUGAACUAGAAAUUUGCUUAAGGAAGAUAUUUUUUGGUUCUGUGCUUAUUUUAUUUCUUUGAACUCUUGAAUAGUCUGUAAUAUUUAUUAUUUUGUCGUCAAACAUCGAAAUUUCCUCA